UGUUCAUUGUCCAAGCCAACUUCGUCGCGUGAGGAAUACAAAUACGAUGGAAUGCAUUUUCGAGAUCGAUGAUUUGGAAGAAAAAGAUGAAGUAUUCCGAAAGAGCUUACAACAUUGACGACAUAGAGGAUAUGGUAUCUAUAUAGAGAAGAGCACAGUGUUUACAGCUAAAGCUAUUCACACGGAUAUAAUUCAUACCAGAAAACUAAACCAAGGUGCAAACAGUAAUAAGACGGUUGCGUACAAAAUGAGGCUACCGGCACAUGAUAUCAAGCCAAAUGAAGAACGAAAACGGAGGCGACGUACCGUUACCGGGAUAAACAACAAUCUUAUCAACGGAUGCGAGGUCAAAGGUGAACUAGAUGAAGUAGCAAUGGCUAGACAAGAAAAAGUUGCCAAUUUUUCUCACCACAAAAGAGUAGCGGACUAUCUUUUGGGAAAGAGUGUUGGCGAAGGAUCGUUUGCAAAAGUCAGAUUGGGACUGCAUGUUCAAACUGCUGAGGAAGUCGCCAUCAAAGUUAUGAGCAAAGCUCGCGCUCGAAAGGAUGCAUACGUUCACAAGAAUCUGCGAAGAGAAGGAAGAAUCCUACAAAUGGCCAGACAUAAAAAUAUCGUGCAAGUGUACGAUAUUCUAGAAACAGACAACAAUUACUACCUUGUGACAGAAUUCUGCAGAGGAGGAGAACUCAUUGACAUCGUAACAGAUAAGGGUUGCUUGCCUGAAAAUGACGUCAGACGAUAUAUUGCACAACUGGUCUCUGCUGUAGCCCAUCUUCACGACCAUGGAAUUGUUCACAGGGACUUGAAGGUUGAGAAUUUAUUACUUGAUGACAGCGGUGAAGUAAAAAUCAUUGAUUUUGGCUUGAGCAAUGUAAUUAACGCUGUCACCACAAACGAUCCAGCUAGGGCUCUGGCUACUCAAUGUGGAAGCCCUGCAUACGCCGCUCCGGAACUUUUAGCAAAGAAUUUAUAUGGACCAAAAGUGGACGUAUGGUCAAUAGGGAUCAUUACGUACGCUCUUCUAGUUGGAAAAUUACCAUUCACUGUAGAGCCUUUCAGAAUUCCAAAGCUUUGUCGUAAAAUGCUCCUGGGAGACAUGAAUCCUAUUCCACCUCAUUUAUCUGGAAACUGCAGACACUUCAUUCGCCGAUUGCUUGUGCCCGAUCCUGAUAUAAGGCCCACAAUAUCUCAAGUACAGAAAAUGUCUUGGAUCAGUAUUAACGGAAAAGCACAUAAAAGCAGUCCAUACAGCAAACUGAACAGCCUCGAUACCAGCAUAUACUCUUCAAGAGAUAUUGACACCGACGUUAUCAAAGAAAUGACAUCACGACACGGAUUUGAAUUUUCUGACGUUCUGAACUGCGUACGAAAGAACAGGCCGGGAGAAGCACUUGCCACAUAUUACCUAUUAUACAAGCAAAAAUCAAGUAUAAAACCCAGCGAGAAACGCCAUAAUGAUAUCAUUGGUAGCGAUGGCAACCUCGAUCACGAAAUCGAAUCUGACAAAAGCAGUGACGAGGAAGAAGGACUGAAUGACAUUGAUGACGUCACCGACGACGUCAUAUUCAAUGGAGCGUUCAAAAAAGAAUCUCUUUUCAAGGGACCAGUGAAACCAUCCACUCCACAGUUGGAGUCAAAACAAAAAGACGCUUCCGGGUCCACUUUUUGUAAUAAAACUAUUGUUAAUGAUUUGAUUGUCAAGCACGUAGGAGAAUCUUCAAGUCAAAGCGGGCGUAGUUCUAACUAUAAGAAUGACGGAAGAGGGCAAAGCAUGGUGCACCAUAAAAUUGAAAACGAUUUGAUGAGAAAUGGCACCCCACCCUCAUCUAAUCGAUCCAGCGUCAGAAAAUCGAAACAAGAAAUAGACAGAACUUUAGAAAGGUUGCAACGAGCACAAAAACGAUUUGAACAGAAUGAAACAAAGGAGCAGAAUACAAUUCAAAAUGACGAUAUUACUCACGACAAAAUCAACAAUGUUAUCGAUGAGCAAAUCAGCGAGUCUACGCCUUCAAAAACUCUGGAAUUGAAAUCUACGCCGGGAGGAAAGAGCGGAAAGUCGGAACGUAAAUCACGAGGUCCAACGUCAAUGCGGGAUUUGAUGAGAACCAUGUCUCGAGCAAGAGACGUGCUUCAGAGACGAAGCCUAUUUGGCCAGAGUAAAGUUAAUAAAGGCGAAGAAAAAGGGACAUCUGAAAGCCCUGAAUUGAACAAAUUCCGUAGACUAUCGUCUAGAAAUGAAAGCGAUUCCGGAGCCACAACUAUAAAAGAGCGCAAGCCGUAUACUGAAACACCGCCUGUUAUGCAAUGGGAGCGGCGAUCGCCACACAUUGGUAAAAAACAAUCAAAACAGUUGCCUAAUGCUACUGCACCGGUCCGAGUUAAACUCCCAGAAACUUCUCCGCCUCCGACGCCAUUGUCAAUGAGCACAAGAUCGGGUAGUCCUGCUCGCUCUCCACUGCCAUCUAAUGGAUUUUACACUAGUCCAAGAUCGACCAGGGGUGUGGGUACCUACGCUGGUCGCCCGACGCUUCCACAAAGAAUUCCUAGUUUUCAUAACCGAACCAGUCUAGAUAGCAGUCGUAAUUCCGACACGCCAAAUCGACUGUUGCCUCUUAUAUCAACGGAUAGGAACCACACUGACGUUUCAACAAAUCCGCUAGGUUACAGCAAUCUGGCAUCCAGAUACCACUUUCAUCAAUCUCCCUCCAUACAAAAUGUGAGACAAAAUAAUGUAGGCGGCACAGCCAGUGGUGUGAAAGAAAUUAUCGAAAAAUUCCACGCUCUGAUGAAUGGCGAAGAUGCACCAGCGCAAACCGCUCAAAACAACAUCAUGAAGCCAACAUCUCCGCGAUCGAACGACGCAACUUCUGCUGCUUUAUCCUACCUUUCUUCUCAAAGGAGAAAACGUGAAGAAGCGCAGUCGCGAAUUAGGGCAAGUGGGACUCCUAACGGUACUCAGAUAUUAAGAGUACAAACCAAUCCAACAUCGACCUACAAAACUAGUGGGCGAUUUACCACACCUUCUGAAAACCAAGUAGAUUAUGCAAUCAAACAGAACGAAAUGACUUUUGCAUCGCAUUUUGGGAGAGAAAAAGAUUUGAACAUUUAUGAGGACGAGAUAACGAAUCCUUAUAUACCAAAACGACAUCCUUCUCAAACACAAAGCCCAGAAUACAAAAGUCCAAAUAGAGGUGUCUGGUACAAAUCAGCAGUUUGAGAUACUAAGUAGAAAAUUAUGUUGAUAUGCCAUACCCAGUGUACGCAUAUGUUGUUCCAAUGCAGUAUUGCUAUUAUUUUAUUUAAAUAUUUCACUCCGUAUGCUGUAAAGAAGGAGAAGGAGAAAUAUUUAAAUAGGUGUAUCCGAGCUGGAUUUGCUCAUUAUUUUGCGAUACAAAGACGAGAAAGCCAUUUAUUAUCAUUUUAACUUUACAUUACCAAAUUUUUGUAUGAUAUUUCCUUGUCUUUGUGGUCGUGAAAUUUUAGUUUUCCAAUUUUCAAUUUUCGUCUACUUCUAUCGACGCCUAUUUGAAGAAUAGUUUUAGGUGACGCACUGUUUAUAUCUGCACUGUUAUCUCUUUGUAUGAAAUAAUUCGACUGUGUUUUACUAAACCAAACUGAGCCAUACUAUGUAUAGCAGUCAAAGCACUAAAUAAAAAUAAAAUCUGCUAUAAUUAUUAGACUUCAAAGCCAUAUGAAAAGAAUAUCUAAAAAGCCUUCAAUUCACAAUAUUUUUGAAAGCCAUUUUAACUUUCUUUUUUAUCUUUGUAUAAUUAAAAAAAUCAUGAGCUCUCAUUUAGGUUCAAAUAAAAAAAUUGCUAUCAAGCACAUUUUUGAAGCCAUAAUGAUUUUAUCAUAUGGAGAAAUACGGGUUUUCUUACUUUUUGACAAUGGUGUAUUUCGGCUCCUUGUAUAGAGCUUUAGACCUACAGACGACAUGUGUUUUAAUGGCUAUUCCCAUUAGUCAGAUAACACUGGGUGAAAUAUAUGUGACCAGUCAUGCCAUACUUUUGGUGGGGAAUGAUAUAUAUAUAAACAUAUUGGCAAAAACAUUUUAACCUGCAUAUAAUACUAGUGAAUGUGCUGCUGUCUUACUUGUACAAAACUCUGCUAGCAUAACUCAAAGAAAGUUACAUUGCCCUUUCUUUUGUGUUGGGUUCAGUUUGCAACAACUACUUCCGUUCCGGUAUAAGCCAUAGAUUGAUUAUUUAUACUUGCCUGAUAUUGUAUUAACCAUACGAUUUAAAUAUUGUGGAAAAUCCUAAUUUCGAUAAGUUUUUGCUAUUAAAUAAUUUUCAUUCACUGAUAAUGUUUGAAAGAAGAUGAUAUACUUGAGUCACUUUUCAGUGUUGAAUGGUUUUCGACUUUUUUACUUUCUGUUUGUGUUUGUAUGUACAAUGUUCACUGUGAAGCACUUACGAUAACAAUAUAUUGAGCAAAUUUGA